UGCGUUCUAGGAAGUCGACCGACCGCUUGCUAAACAGAUCAAACUGGAAGACCUCACGUCGUACUCACUGCUUGCCGUAGUCUAUAUGUAAUCGACAGAUAUUCGUUGGCUCCGCCUACCGCAGUAAAAUGGCCGGCACAGACGUUCCAGAGGAUGUACUUUCGUGGGUGGCACUUGGAAGUCAGUCUGAAGACGCACAAGUUGCGCACGUAUUUUUUACGCGAGCACUCGACAGGUACUGGCAGAACAGUCAAAAUCACGACACGCCCACGCUCUUCGAGAGACGUCUUCGUUCGUCACUGGCUCACUGCUGUAUCUCAUUGAAAUUAUUUUCAGAUGUUCUUGGGCACACAUCUAGAGGAUUGCAGCCUCCGUGUGAUGACCUUCUUGUAGAUCCGGAGCUAUGGGGUGAUCUAAUAAGUCUAGAACAAAAUGCGUGCAUCGAAGUUGGAGACUACAGGAGAGCAAUGAGACGAGUCGAUGGAAUGUUGCAGUACUCUCCUAUACCUUCUUUGGCACACUCGAUGAGAAGUCAUCUUCACAGUGUUAUAGAGGCUAAAGAGAACGAGAAGAAGGAGUUGGCAAAAAAGAAAGAGACUCUUGAAGCAGUCAACAAGGAAUAUGAUCGAAUGAAGAAUAGCAAUAUGACUGAUGAGAGCGAGUCAAUUCUUCCACCGGGUUUCAGUGAGCAGUCUCUAAGGGGAGCUAUUGAUGAACUUACUGAAGAAUCAUGGAAGACGUCAGCACUACCAGGUCCACCAACAUUUGAACCUACUCCUGACAAUGUUCCAAAUGAAGCGAUUGAGCUCAUAAAUACUGCUUGUGAAAUGGAGCCAAAAGAUGCCUUGAAACUCUUCUGCCGAGGUUUGGAAAUUUACACAAGAACUGUGGGAUACCGAGAAACUCCCUCAGAAUUUGAACAGCGUGCUCUGGUACUGAUAUCAAACUGCUGCUUGAAACUGAAUAUGCCGAGUGAUGUAAUACGGUACACUACACGUGUGAUCGAUUUAGGAAACGUACUGCAACACGUACAAAUAGGUCGAUCUCUAAGAGGCGUUGCAUAUGAGCAACUGGGAGACUUCGACAAGGCGUUGGCCGAUGUUGCAGCGUUUCGAGAGUUUGAUCCUCUGAAUAAGGCCUACAUAGACAAGCACAUAGAGUUAGAAGAUCGUCGUAAAGCAAAAGAAGGUAUGCAGCAUCAGGGUGGAGUUAGUGACAGUAAAGAUAGCAAUGAAGUGAAUAAUCUGUGCAAAGAGAUGAGUGGGACAUCUUUGGUCGAGAUAGAAGGAGACGAAUUACCAUGGAAUAGAGUCGACAGGAGCACUGGCAGCAAGUCUGCUGUACUUAGUUAUCGAGACAAUUUGAGGAUUGGACUCGAUUCUGAUCACGUGAAUGACAAAGGCAAUGAAGCUGCAAUAAAUGUCGCUGGAGCAGCCAUCAAGGAAAAAUCAAAGAAACAGAAGAGGGCGGAAGCUUAUAAGAGACAACUGGAAGGAGAGAAAAUAAAGCAAGAAGUUCUACUAGCUGUUGAAAAGAAAGCUAGAGAGCAGCAGAGAGAGACGGAAAAGACCACAAAUGAGGCUUCAGUUGAAAGUCACAAAGAGCCAACUGGAGCACCUUCGCCUGUCAAGAAGAAGCGGGGAAAGAAAAAAAGGAAGAGAACGAGAAGAAAGACUCUGACACUGCGCGCAGCCAGAGAUCGUCAAGGUGACGGAUCCGACAGUGACGAUAGCAGUGACAGCGGAGAGACGGACGACAGCGAGUCGGCCUCACUUCUAGACGAUAGCACAGUCUACGGACGAUUUGCCGUUUUGCAGAGACGAAAGCCGGAGACCGAGAUUAGGUCGGGAGAUAUGCAGAAACCAAAAGCGGAAAUCGAGGAGGAUGGUACUGCACAACGAGAUAAUGACCAAGGAUUGGGAAUUGAUAUAAUUAAUUCAAGAAAUCUUUUGGCGCAAAUCGUCAAUAGGUGCAAUGUGUCUAGACUGGAGGUUGGCAGGAAAAAAGAUUUUCCGGUUACCAAUAUUCGUGACUCCGUGAUGAGACCUGAUCAAUCAAGCGGUCAAUACGUUAAUUUCCGAGCGGAAGUCAUACAGCGUGGAAUACUGGCCUGUUGGAUUUGCUUUGUCAAAGAAGGUGGUAACGUAAGUGAGAUAGACAAACAAACCGGCCGUUGUCCAGUUCAUUCCAAGAAUUUUUGGACGCCAAUGCUGCUGUGGCCCAGAACAUACGGUACCGUUGGACGCAGAUUAUUCAACGAUCGGUGGGUGGAGAUACGACCGAGACCACAUGAUCGUGACGGAGGCUUGAAGCUCUGCGAUCCUCGAAAGUUUCCAUGCGUUGGCGCUCAAUGCGGAUAUCCACACAGUGAAGAAGAAAGAGACGCAUGGAUACUCGACCGAGAUAAGUGGAGGUUUCGAAGGAUCCCGGAUAAAGGUCGGCAGGAGUUAUGUCGCAGUUACUCGGCCUCCAACUACUGCUCAUAUGGAAAUCGUUGUCUGUUUGCGCACGGAGUUGAAGAACUAGCUGAGUGGCGUUUAAGACCGAAAACUCGUGACGUCAUUGACGAGUUAGCUCUAAUGAGAAAUCCGAGAAAGGUUGUUUCCACUUGGUUGGAUGAGUUGAGAUCUGAACUAGCAAAGGGACACAACGAAGGAGACAUACAUAUCAUCUGUGAUCAAAUUCGGGGUUUAGAAAUUGUCAUAAGUCCACACGAUAUAUGCAUUAUCAGUGCAGCUCAAACUCCUCCAUUUAAGACACGAUUUCAGAUCUUAAUGGUGACCAUUGAUGAUGGCGAUUGCUUCGUUAGAAGAGCUGCCCUUCUAGGAAACGAUGGAGGAUUUCGUUUCGAUAUUGAUAGUCCAUUAUUUUACGUUUCGAACAACGAGCAACUAGCGGAAGCAAUAGACGGAGAACAAGAGCCUGUCAGCAGUGAAAUCGAUAUAGCAUUUAGCACUAAUAGCAAGGGGUGUUAUAUAAAAGAUAUCUUCAUGGACACUGGUCGUCCUCCGUAUGUUCACCGCUCUAUUGCAGUAGCUGUGUUGCCUGUCGAGCAGCAAGAGGUUCUGACACAGCUCUGCAAUGCGUUUCAAUUUGCUAAUGUCAACGACGCGGUAGACGUGAAGUCUGCCUUCCCUGAUUGCGCAAGUUUGUUAAAAGCCGCAAGCAAUGUUCUUCUCCAUCCACCAGAAACCCCGGAUGAAUACAGACAACAGCUUCAUACCGUUCUCUGUAUACAACAAAUUUUCAGUUGUUAUAUUCAAGAGAGAGCAGUGGAUGAGGUGGAUACGUCCGUGUGUUCUCUGCGAGCAGAUUAUAACUAUUAUAAAUCAAAUCGCUGGGCUAUUGAACGAUUGUCUGACGAGCAGAUAAAACCGAUUCUGCACGGAAGCUCUCCACGUUUGAAGCAAGUGAUGUCCGAGUCUCAAUUGGAUCGAUGCAUGAAAUUGAUCGAUCCUGAUUUCACAUCAGAGCAGAGAACAGCCGUUUGCCAAAUCCUUGAUCCCAGGAUUGACUGUCCUGUUCGCAUUCAAGGUCCAUCUGGAGUGGGAAAAACUCGAGUACUCGUGGAGGCUGCUCGACUUCUCGCCACAUCCGGGCAUGUCCAAGUGCUGAUCACUACGAAAUCACAACGAGCUGCGCAAUCCUGUGUGUUUCAACUGCAUCAGCUUCGGAAGUCUGGUCUGGCAGCGAACUUGAUAUACAUGUGCGACACUGAUGAUCAGACGUAUUAUGAUGUCAUCAGGAAAUAUCGUUGCUCUUGUAAAGCAGCUGUUGAAAUUCUUUCUACUCCCCAGCGUUCUCUCUUUCUUGUGACCACGUCGAGCGAUUGCAGCCAUCUUGUGGGCACUGAUAUGAAUCAGUAUUUAACCUUCUCUCAUAUCUUGAUUGAUGAAGCCUCCAGAAGUACUGAAGCGGAGACGACGUUUGCAUUGUCUCUUGCAAACAAAGACUCAGUUGUGGUGUUAGCGGGAGACAAGUAUGAGCUCUCUCCUCACCGCCACUGCCAACUGUCCGAAGCCUUAAAAUUCAGCCAGUCGCUGUUCACACGUCUGCGUGAUGCCAUGAUACAAGGCAAGGAGGUCAGCCUGACAGAACAGUUUACUCGGAGCACUGCUCUUGUCCAACUGUCAUCCUCCAUCUUUACUACGUCACCUUCAUCAUCCAGUUCUAUCAGUGAAGAAGAAAACGAGCAUUCCAUUUUUCAUUCAUUUGGCGUAGUUGCUUGUGCCGGGAACACAGCAAACAAGAGUCAAACGGACGGAUCUUUUAUUAAUCGCAAUGAAGCAGAGGCUGUAGUAAAUCAAGUGACUGCUUUAAUGCAGAAUUGGCCGGAUUUCUGGGGACAUAUUGAUGCGUCUGAUGUGUUCGUUGUUAGCUCUGAACAUCAACAGGUGAGUUAUAUUGAAGAGUUGUUGAAAUCUCGCAGUCGCUAUAGUGAUGGACUUCAAUAUUCUGCUGUUCGAGUUGGAACGCCAUGGCAACUGCAAGGCUGUGGCCCAAGAGUCAUUAUCGUCAGUACUGUCAUAACUGAAAACAUAGAUAUAGAAGAGUAUUCACAGAAACGAACAUUUCUGUCCGAUGAAGGCAUGCUGUAUACUGUAAUCAACGAGGCAAGGUGUAUUGUACUGGUUGUUGCGGAUCCUUACUGUCUCAUCAGUGGAGGCGAGAAAAGCGUGCAGUCUAAGUGGAGACUAUACUUGCAGCAAUGCUGUGACGUCGGAGGUGCUGCUUUUCGAGGAAGUAUAAAGUCGGAGGAUUUGGCAAUGCGAAUUAAGUUACAGAGUGCGAAGCUCAGCAUCCAAUCUCCGGAAUUCGUACCUUCAUUCUUUCUUAAUGAUUUGUAACUCUCAUUGAAGUAUAGUGACCAGACAGGCGGUCAUAUUUGUGCUAUUUGUGCUAUUUUUAGUCGUCAAGUGUAUUCUCUGCAAAGUCAGAUGAAAUGGUGCAGAACUGGUGUGCAUGUGACAUUGUGCAAAACUGAUGCAGGCCAGGCGGGAGGUAAACUGCACGUGCACAUGCAUGCAUGCACCUCACAGUUGUGGAAAAGCAUUCAUUUAGUUUGGCUGUUUAACAAACACACAGAU